GCCACUGGAGGUCCCUAACAUUGUAGCACUUUUGCCCACUCAUUCAUGUGACAAGACCUCCGUGCUGUCGGGGCGCAGGCAAGGCAUGACAAAUCGGCUGUGGCCUGGAGAUUAGGCGCUCACGUCUCCCCGCAUGAUGCUUUGGUUUAUGCUCGCUGUAAAUUGUGGUGGGCGCGACGAGACGGGCCGCCACUUUGGCCCUCACAAUUAACACCCAUCAUCUCCCACACAUGCCCCGACCCGGGCAAGAUCACGGCCACACGCCCGCCAUGCUGUCCUCCAAGCCACGGAGCUCCGACGGCUGCUGGACCUGUCGGCUGCGGCGCAAGAAAUGCGACGAGGAGCGCCCCGCCUGCGCCGCCUGCCUGUCCCUCGAGAUCGAAUGCCUGUACAGCGACGCGAAGCCCGAGUGGAUGGACGGCGCCGACCUGCAGCGCGACAGGGCCGAGGCCGUCAAGAAGCUGAUCAAGCGCAAGGCCGCCUGGAGGAGGGAGCGCCGCCACCUGCAGGGGCUCGAGUCUGGCCUCGGCGAGCUGGAGAUGACGGACGGCCUUGACGGCCUGCACGUAUCGACCGCCGCCGCCGCCACCGCGCCCCGCCAGCCCGCCGCGUCCUCGUCGCCCCCUCCCAACGGCCACGGCCACGGCCACGACCACGCCCAGGCCCCCCAGCCACCGCCGCCGCCGCGCCCCGACUCCAGCCAAUAUGCCGCCCCGAGCCCGCCCAGCCCAGGUGGGCCGGCAUCGUCCAUGUCGGGAUUCUCGCCGCCGUGCCACUUGGACUCGUCGCAGGGCACCUCGCCCGAGUCCACCGCUGCCGAGGCGACGACGCACCGCCACACUGUCAUGUUCGGCAAUGAACACGAACGUGACAUCGCCCUGUCCAUGACCUACUGCGACUCCGUCUUCCCGUUCCUGUUCCCGUUCUACCGCCCUCAGAUGCUCCUCGGCGGCCGCUCGUGGCUCCUUAUCGUGCUCGGCAGCAACCGGACGCUCUUCCACUCGGCCCUCAGCCUGGCGUCGUACUUUUUCACCUCAAUGUUGCACGGUGGUGAGAACGUAUGCUGCCGCGCCGUCUCGCACGACGAGAUGUACAGGCAGCAGAACCUGACCGUCAAGGAGCUCAUGCUCGACGUCAACGACAUCAACCAGAACGGCGUCAAGGGCCGGCUCAAGGAGGCCACGCGGGUUCUGGCUGCCAUAAUGCAGGUGCUUUGCUUCGAGGUCGCGAUUGGAAAUACGGGAGGCUCCUCGUGGGCGCUGCAUCUCGAGGGCGCCAUUACGCUUCUCGAUCAAGUCUUCAAACUCAACGCGGAGACGUUGAACAACAUCGUCUGCUGGAACAGCAUCCUGCGCAGGCUUGACGAGAGGGAGGGCAGCCACCCGCAAAUCUUCUUCCCUAGCGCCAUAGGCCAGCAGACAGUCGAGCGCCCCAUGACCAUGAUGAACAGCAACCAGUCGUGUCUCUCCUUCUUCGCCGCGGUGCUGCUGUAUUUCGACAUCGUCAGCAGCACUGCCCUGGAGGCCGCGCCGCGCCUACACUGCUACCACGUCGGGCUGCUACACGGCAAGCGCGAUAUCCUAGACAUGAACCCGGACCUGAAAGAGAUGUUGGAAGCGAAUGUGAGCGAACAUAGCGGUCUGGAUACGCCCCUUUUGGAUCUGUCGCAAGUCAUGGGCGCCGCCAACUGGGCUCUCACCGCCGUCGGCGACGUGGCGGCGCUGGACGCGUGGAAGAAGCAGCAGCGUGCGUCGGGGUCGCUUUCCGUCACGGAGCUGGUGCUGCGGGGCGCAAAGAUCGAGUGGCCGCUGCGGCAGCGCAUCGCCAGCCUGGAUUCCAUACUCUGCGGCGGCGGCGGCGGCGAGUGCCAAAGCGUCGUCUCGCAGCCACACCAGCCGCAGCGCCCUCUCCCCAUCUAUGUGACGGCCCGGGCGCGGGUGGGCGACUUCGAGCGCGGCCCGCGCACCAUCGGCGGCGUGGACGGCUCCCUGUCCACGAGCUGGGUGACGCGCAUCUGGGCGCAGGCGGCGCUGAGCUACCUGCACGUGGUCGUCAACGGCUGGCAGCCGGCGUCCCCGGCGCUGCGCGAGAGCGUCGGCCUGACCCUGACCCUCCUCCGCACGCGCCUGCCGAGCCCCGACUGCCUCCGCACGUUUGCGUGGCCGCUCGCCGUCACGGGCUGCCUCGCGUCGCCCGAGGAGGAGGAGCCGCUGCGGCAACUGGUCCGGGACGUGGGCCCGCUCGACAUCUUCGGGUCCGUCAAGCAGGCCUGGACGGUCAUGGAGGGGGUCUGGGCGCGCCGAGCUGAGGUGGAGAACGGGGAGGGCGGCGAGUGGGACAUUGCGCGCUGCUUCGGCGUCGGCAACCAGAAGGUUUUCCUCGUGUGAGCUGCGCGGCUUAUCGAGGCAUCAAACGAUCCAAGGCAGUCAGUCAUGGCCGCGUUUCUUUGCGCACUCGGCCCGCCAAAAACAAAAGCCAGCAGCGCCCGAACCGGAUCUGCGCCGACCCGUACGUGGCCGCAGCAGCGUCCAACGGGGGUGCCACCCUGUCCGGUCUACAUUUCAACAGGUUCGAAACAUGCUUCACGAGACUUCGCAGCGGCUACGUCUUGCACCGGCUAUCAUCGCCCCCAUGAAACAGCCAGUGCCGUCCAUCUUCUGUGGCGACAGGAGGGGCCAUCCACUGCAAACUCGGCCGUCUCAACGAGUAUUCGAACGAACCGCAAGGCAUAAAGGCUCGCAAACUGCCACGUCCCCCAGACAGGACGACAUGCGUAGUAUGCAGAAAGUCUUGUUUUUUUUUAAGCAACGGUGCUCCCGCAAAGGACCAUCCCAACCUACGUCCCGUGUGCAUAAGCCUCCUCAACAAGAACCAUGUUAGUAGCACCAACUCUAGCUGCAUGGCAUGCGCCCUAGGACGCUUGUUGGAAAGAGGCUAGAAGGUAACGCCAUGGCGAAUUCUGGUGAGAAGGUGUGGACGCGAGCAUCUUGCCCCGCCGCCUGUCUUUGUCUGGCCUGCCAAUUAACCCGCAUCUCCCUUGUGCUUUCUGCAUCCCAGUCGCUAGACCGCCAGCCCCGUGUGGGGGUAUCUGCGCUUGUCGCGCUGUAAUGAGGAGGUCUUGCUUCGGAGCCCGUGAGAGAUUUGUUGAGAGAACAGAUGACCAAACACGAUUUGAGACAGCAAAUGGGCGUGUCCAGCCUUUGUUUCCGCUGCAAGGGAGAUAAGAUACAUUUCAGUAAUUAUUGGGAAAACAGUCCAGCACGCUGGGUGCUACGGUCGACAGCAUCAUCUGUCCUGUUGUACAUACACAAAUAUAAAAGCACCGCCGUCCGGCGAGAACAAGAACAGAGAACCCAGCUAUCAUACACUCCC